AUGGAGGCGUUUCCUGUGGGCCGCAAGAGUCUCCCACGACAGAAAAUGGCGGCGCGCUGCAGGUCCUUAGACCAUUACGCCGUGUCCGGGGUUUACCAGGCCCAGAGAUCGACCAACAAAGGUUACCUAAGGGAGGUCGCACGCGACCUGAAGUCCAUCCCGGUCCUCUUGUUACUGGGGAACAUCUUCCCCUUUGUGCUACUUAUUAUCUGUCCCAGUAUCCUCAGUUAUGUGUUGGGACACCCAACGACGACAUCACAGAGUGGUAUAGAACAUGUUACGCAACCCAUUGUUGAAGUCAUCCGGGAACGACGACGGGAUGACGCCAUCCCGCCUUGCAGCAGCGUCUGGGAUCGUGUGUGUACCGGAUGGAUCACAGCUUCUGAACCGAUGUACCGGAAACUGAUCCUUGGUUCGGCAGACCUCUACGUCGAGGACAUGUACAAAGACACGCAGAAAACCCAUUUGACCAUGAGCGUGGCAACUCGUACUCCAAACGCAAUGCAGAAGGCUUUUGUCUUCUACCAGAGCUGCAUUCGGCACAGAAUGGAAGUGGAAGGCACAUUGGAUGAACUAAGGUUAUUGUUCAUCGGGUACUCUCUGAGGGGCUGGCCGAAUGAAUCAUUCGCUGAUAACAUCAUUAGCACUGUACUUCUCAGGUACCUACACGACCCGCAGGACAGUGCAAUCUUAGAUGUACAAAGUGCGAACCUCGCGCCAAGAACGUCCAUCAUAGAAUCGCAGCUCAGGACUAAAAAGACAGUAUACCUUGCUUUGGGUUGCCCUUCAUUCCUCAUGCAUCGAUACGUAUACACACAGACGAAAACGGGCCCAGUGCGAGACUGCUGCUCCAUCUACAUGAAGAAGGAUGUCAUCACCAGUUGCUCCCCGCAUGUUGGCAAUGCUUCCUUAGAAGGAAUAUUUGCCUUCGAGAGAAAGCAGGCUCUCGUGGUUCGAAAACACUGCUACAUGAGGAGAUUCAAGCGUGUAACUGUUGCCGAUAUGACUAACGGCAUACGAGGUGUCGACUGGGCCACAUUUCUAAAUGAUAUAGUUGGACUUAGAUCAUCCUUUAAGGUUCUUCCAAGGACAGAAAUCCUAAUUCGCUCCAAGAACUAUCUUCGCUACGUGGCAAGUUUGAGGCAAGGAGCCAAGAACGUGCGUGCUGUAAACUACAUUGAUCGCCGUUUGCUGCAUCUUUUUGGGCGACACGCGUCGAGAGAACUGCGACUGUACGAGGACACAUUUAGAGAAGUUGACAUCAACAUGCGUCUAGAGCAGGGCCUUUCCAAGGAGAGUCUCAUGUUGGCCAACGAUGGGAUGCCCAUGGCUGUCGGUAGAGUGUACCUUGAGAUUCGCACCCGAAUUAUGAUAUUCAUUAAGGUCAACGGAAUGGUGCAAAUCAUACUCUUUGACUUGCACAUGCUUUUCGAGGCAUCUUGGAUUGUUAGUGGUGAGCUCCUAACCGCCUACGCCCAUAUCGGUGCCAUCCAAACAAUGAUCAGCAUUCCACUUCGGGUUGCAGACGAUGCACCUCUCACAGAAUACUACAAUGACCUGGCCAUGGAUUCAUACAACGCCCCGUUCUUAGGGCUGCUGGUGAACGCCACAAGGCACAUCGCCAAGAAACGAUUUACGUACCUUGACGUCCAAGAGGACAUUAUCUCCGGCACAGAUGAAGAGAGGAAGACAGCCCAAGAAAGUAGGGCCGCCAUCAGCAUCAAGCACCUGCACUACCUCUUUCCAGAUAGGAUAGUAGAUCUGAACCUUCAUAGAUGCAACCCGCGCCAAUCCGUUGUGUAUGACGUUGUCGACAACGUCACUGUACCACCCGCUGGCAUACUGCAGCCACCGUAUUACGAUCCGGACGUCCCGUACGCAUUAAACUACUGCGGACUGGGCGGACUCCUGCUGCACGACAUUAUCACCGAGUUCUUCCGUCUGUAUUUCAACAUUGCCAACAACGACUGGAUGGUAAAGCUGAAAUGCAUCAACAGCGGAGUAUACCCCGAGAAGGAAGACAACACCUGUGCACUUUCUGAAAGACGGAACGUGUUUACUGUCACUUCCACUAUGACGAUAGAUCGCGUUGCGUGCCACGCUUACCAUUACUACAUGGAUGCAGAGGAUGAUCAAGUCAUCUCAGGAGCCUGGCCAGCGGCUAAUGCCGACCAAAUGUUAUUCCUCUCCGCAGUGAGAACUGUGUGUUCCCUAAGGCGCGACAGACACUGGGCGCGGCUCAUGCAGGCAGACAUGACCGAGUCGCAAAUACCGCUUCUGGAGAAGAUAAAGCACGUAUUUCAAGGUCUAUCGGAGCUCUACGACGCCUUCCAUUGUAGCAGGAAUGAAAAAGAUGAGUUGUGCGCAUGUAUGGAGGAUAAACCCGUCAUGGAGGAAUCGCCAGCCACUUGA